AUGGGGCUGCGUCCGAGUGUUAACGGGAAAGCGGUUAUACGAGCAGAGCAGGUGAGCAAUGAGACUCCUCUGAGGAUUGUUCUUCUGGGGAAAAGCGUAUCAGAAAAUAGUGUUGUGGGAAACUUGAUCUUGGGCCGAUCGGCGCUUGACAGUGAAGCUCCUCCAGAUGUUGUGGAGAGAGUCGGAGGAAGACUGAAGCACAGACAUGUGACGCUUAUCAACAGUCCUCAGCUGCUACACAAACACAUCUCAGAUGAUCAGAUCACACAGAUGGUCAGAGAGUGUGUGAGUCUGUCUGAUCCAGGACCUCAAGUGGUGGUUCUGCUCCUCCAACAUCAGCAGUGUUCAGCAGAAGAUCAAGAGCGUGUGGAGAAGCUGCAGGACUCUUUCUCUGAGCGCCUUCUUCAACACACCCUGGUGCUCAGCACACAAGAGUCCACUGAACCCAAUCAGAUCCUGCAGAAGAUCAUCCAGAAGUGCUCAAACAGACACUUCAGUCUUCAGAGAAGCAGCUCUGCUGAUCAUCUUCUGCAGGCCUUUGAGGACAUCGAGCAGAGCAAUGAGGGACGACACCUGAUAUCUGCUCAAUAUGAAGCUUCUAAGUAUUUCUCAGUGGAACAAGAGGCCACACAAAGAGACUGUGAGAGGCUGAAUGUGUUGGUGUGUGGGAGCGACGGCUCACAGAAAUCCUCCAUCUCAGAGCUGAUCCUGCAACACACACACAGAAGAUCAGAGAGUGUGAGGACAGACGUGGAUCUUCAUACUAGACUGAUCAGUGUGCUGAAGCUUCCAGCUCUGUUCAACACUGGGUUCUCAGAGGAGGAAGUGAUGCGUCAGACUCUCCGCUGUGUGUCUCGCUGUCAUCCUGGAGUUCAUGCUUUCCUCCUCAUUAUUCCUGAUGCUCCACUCAAUAAUGAAGACAGAGCAGAAAUGGAGGAGAUCCAGAAGAUCUUCAGCUCCAGAAUCAACAAAUACAUCAUGAUCCUCAUCAUGCAGAAUUCAGAUCAUCAGACAGCAGAACUCAAUGAAGAAACAAAGGCUGUCAUUCAGAGUUUUGGAGGAAGACAUCAUUACUUUAAUCCUAAAACACAAGUGUCCACACUGAUGGAGAACAUUGAGAAGAUGCUGGAAGAAAACAGAGGAGGCUUUUACUCCACUGAGACAUUUCUGGAGGCGCAGAUGAAAAAUCUGAUGAAAUAUGAAGAGAAGAAGAAACUUCACUCACUAGAGACCCAAAGUUCAGCAGAGAGUGAAGAUGAACUGAGGAUUGUUCUUCUGGGGAAAACUGGAGUUGGUAAAAGUUCAACAGGAAACACAAUCUUAGGAAGAGACGUGUUUGCAGCAGGCACAUCUCAAGAAUCUGUCACUGAAAAGAGUCAGAGAGAAUCAUCUAAAAUCAAUGACAGACGCAUCACUGUGAUCGACACUCCAGGACUGUUUGAUACUGAACUAAGUAAAGAGGAGAUCCAGAGAGAAAUCAGCAACUGCAUCUCCAUGAUUUGCCCUGGACCACAUGUGUUGUUCAUCGUGCUCAGUUUAGGACAGAGAUUCACUAAAGAGUCCAAAUCUGUAAAGUUUAUCCAGGAGACGUUUGGUGAACACUCUCUAAUGUUUACUAUGGUGCUCUUCACCAGAGGAGACUUCCUGGAGAAUAAAACACUUGAAGAGUUUCUGGGGAAACCUGGAUCUGUGGUCAGAAAACUGCUUGAAACUUGUGGAAACAGAUACCAUGUGAUCAACAAUAAUCAGCCUGAAGACCGAACACAAGUGUCUGAUCUACUGGAGAUGAUAGACAACAUGGUGAAGGCAAACGGAGGAAGUUUCUACUCAUGUAAGAUGUUCAGAGAGAUGGAGAGAGAAAAACAAGAACAACAGAUGAAGAUCCUGAUGGACAGAGUCAGAGAAACAGAAGAAAAGAUGAAAAGACUAGAGAAAGAGAAAGACAAAAUGAAGAUGAUGAUGGAGGAAAAACAACAGAAGCAAGAGAAAGAAACAUUGGAGAAACUUAAACAAGAGAAGGACAGAAUGAAAAGAGAAAGAGAAGAUCUUCAGUCUAAACAUGAAGAAGAAAAAAACAGGAUGAAGAUCCAGAUCCAGCAAAUGAAUGGAAAAAGAGAAGAACUGAUAAAAAAACAUGAAGAAGAAAAAAUGAAAAUGACUUUGACAGAGCAACAAAAUCUGGAGAAAGAGAGAAAGAGUAGAGAAGAACUGAAAAAAGAAAUAAGCAAACAAGAGAAACAACAGAGAGAGACAAUAGAGGAGAUGAAGAGAGAACGAGAGACAUUUAGACACGAAAUAGAGGAGAUGAGGAAAGAAAGAGAAAAACUUCAGACCCAACAUAAGACAGAAACGAACCAACUGAUGAAGAGAAUAAAGGAUGAACGAGAGAAUUAUGAAACAGAGAGAACAAGAAGAGAAGGAGAGUUUAAUCAGAGAGAAGAACAAUAUAAAAGACAAAUGAAAGAGAAAGAAGAAAGAGAGAAAAAUAUCUGUGAGGAGAUGAAAAAAGAACAUGAGAAAUUGGAGAAACUGAAACUAGAAGAGAAGGACAGAACAAAAAAAGAGAAAGACAUUACAUCUAAACAUGAGGAAGAAAAAAACAGGAUGAAGAUCCAGAUAGAGCAAAUUAACGGAGAAAGAGAAGAACUGAUGAAGAAACAUGAAGAAGAGAAAGAGAAAAUGAAGACGAUGAUGGAGGAAGAGAAGAAGAGGAGAGAAGAACUGAUGAAGAAACAUGAUGAAGAGAAAGAGAAAAUGAAGACGAUGAUGGAGGAGGAACGACAGAAACAGGAGAAAGAGAGAAAGAGAGGAGAAGAACUGAUGAAGACACACAAAGAAGAGAAAGAGAAAAUAAGGAUGAUGAUGGAGGAAGAGAAGAAGAGGAGAGAAGAACUGAUGAAGAAACACGAAGAAGAGAAAGAGAUAAUGAAGAUGGAGGAAGAGAAGAGGAGAAAAGAACUGAUGAAGAAACAUGAAGAAGAGAAAGAGAAAAUGAAGACGGUGAUUGAGGAAGAGCGACAGAAACAGGAGAAAGAGAGAAAGAGAAGAGAAGAACUGAUGAAGAAACAUAAAGAAGAGAAAGAGAGAAUGAAGAUGAUGAUGGAGGAAGAGCGACAGAGUCAGGAGAAAGAGAGAAAGAGAGGAGAAGAACUGAUGAAGACACACGAAGAAGAGAAAGAGAAAAUGAAGAUGAUGAUGGAGGAAGAGAAGAAGAGGAGAGAAGAACUGAUGAAGAAACAUGAAGAGAAAGAGAGAACAAAGAUGAUGAUGGAGGAAGAGAAGAAGAGGAGAGAAGAACUGAUGAAGACACACAAAGAAGAGAAAGAGAAAAUGAAGAUGAUGAUGGAGGAAGAGAAGAAGAGGAGAGAAGAACUGAUGAAGAAACAUGAAGAAGAGAAAGAGAGAAUGAAGAUGAUGAUGGAGGAAGAGAAGAAGAGGAGAGAAGAACUGAUGAAGAAUCAUGAAGAAGAGAAAGAGAGAAUGAAGAUGAUGAUGAUGGAGGAGGAACGACAGAAACAGGAGAAAGAGAGAAAGAGAGGAGAAGAACUGAUGAAGACACACGAAGAAGAGAAAGAGAAAAUGAAGAUGAUGGAGGAAGAGAAGAAGAGGAGAGAAGAACUGAUGAAGAAACAUGAAGAAGAGAAAGAGAGAACAAAGAUGAUGAUGGAGGAAGAGAAGAAGUGGAGAGAACAACUGAUGAAGAAACAUGAAGAAGAGAAAGAGAGAAUGAAGAUGAUGAUGGAGGAAGAGCGACAGAGUCAGGAGAAAGAGAGAAAGAGAGGAGAAGAACUGAUGAAGAAACACGAAGAAGAGAAAGAGAAAAUGAAGAUGAUGAUGGAGGAAGAGAAGAAAAGGAGAGAAGAACUGAUGAAGAAACACGAAGAAGAGAAAGAGAAAAUGAAGAUGAUGAUGGAGGAAGAGAAGAAGAGGAGAGAAGAACUGAUGAAGAAUCAUGAAGAAGAGAAAGAGAGAAUGAAGAUGAUGAUGGAGGAAGAGCGACAGAAACAGGAGAAAGAGAGAAAGAGAAGAGAAGAGGAGUUUAAAGAAAGAGAAGAACAAAAUAAAAUACAGAUUAGAGGAAAACAAGAGGAAUGGGAGAAACAGAAACAAGAGGACGAGAAGAGAAGAGAAGAAAAACAGCAGAUUUCAGAUGAACAGAUUCAGAAACUCAAGAGUGAAACAGAGGGAAUAAUCAAAGAGAAAGAGAGAAAGGAAAGAGAGAGACAAACACAACUAGAGGAUUCAGAGAAGAGUUUGAAAGAAGAAAAAAAGAUGAGAGAAGAUCAACAAAAGAGUUUUAAAGAGAAACUGAAACUGCUCGAAAAACAGCAUAAAGAAGAACGAGAGCAGUGGAGAAAAGAAAAUGACAGAGAGAAAGAGAAGAUAAUGAGGAAAAUUAAGUCUGAAACUGAUAAUUCACUACAGGUCGCAGCCUACAGGAAACUGGAGACUAUAUACAGCGAGUGGUCCUGGAGUCUCCACAAUGCCAUGAUGGAAAUUGAGAACAAACUACACAACCAAAUAGAAAAUGAAGCAAUUCAGGAGGUUAAAGAAACUGAUCUUCAAACAGAACUGAAGACGACCAGUGAAGAAGUGGAAAAAUACAUGACUGAAUUCUUUGAGAAAGACACAGAUAAAUAUAUACUGAUUCAGUCGAAAACAUCAUUUAAAACCAAAAUCAAGGAGCUUCAGGAGAACGUUUUGAGAGAAGCAAAAAAUAAAUUAAAUGAGAUUCUUCAGCAACAUGACAUGAAUAGAAAGAUUGAUGCUCAGAGGAAACAUCAUGAAAACACUCUCUAUGCAAAGUGCAAAAACCAAUCUGAAAUAACUUCUGAAAAAAUAGUGAAGAGCAAAUUUUAUUUGAUUUGGGAACCGAGUAUGAAAGAUAUCAUCAGAGACACUUCUGCAAUCAGAGAGAUCGACAUAAUGCGAGAUGUGAGAAAGACCCUCAGUGACAUCUAUGAAAGUGCUCCUGUAGACCAAUGGAAGGACAGCAGGGAUAUUUUCAAAGUAAAAAGAUAUUCAGAAUAUGUUUGGCUGAAAAGAAACUACAGACGCAGUGGCCUACUACAAUUUACAAUUGAGUGGUUUGGUUACAUUCUGUCUAAAGUAGAUGAAGCCCAGAUCAGAUCAUUCGUCUCAGAUGUUGUUCAUCAGACAGACAGAAUGAUUCAGUCAUUUAACAUUACAAAGACGGGCUACAACAUCAGCCUCAUUCAACAACUCAUAUAUUACAUCAACACAAGAGAAUCAGAACAUGAGGAAGGAGCAGUGAAAUAUGUGUUCAAGGAUGAGUUCUUCAUUGAUUUGGUUUAUUCCAUCUGUAACAGAGCAAACAAGACGAUCACUGACCAACACACACUCUUCAGAGAAGCCAAUGAUCCUGAAAUAUACUUAAAAAAUAAACGAGAAGAGUACUAUAGUAUUUUCCAGAAAUACUGUCAUGGAGCAAAAUCAGCUGCUAUUUUUGCUGAGAUCAUCUGUCAGAAACUGAAGGAGCCCAUAGAGCAGAGCGUCUACAAGAAAACUGCCAGAGAUUUAGCCGAUGAAAUAAGAUCAAACUGUGAAUCACUGAAUGGAAACAGAACAAAUCUGGAGAAACACAUCCUGAAGACACUGGCAGAAGAGGAGGACUUUGACAAAUACAUGAACUACAUUCAUCAUCCCAGAGAACACUUCAAGAGUUUCAUCAGAGAUGAAGUCAGUCGCUACAUCAAAGACAAGUUCAGAGUCAGUCAAUAUUUACCCAAGAUAAACAAGAACAUUAAACUCCUGCAGCAGAAGAUCAUGAACGCAGCACAUCAAUCUACUGAACAUGUUCAAGUCAACAGUGGAGAUGUUGGUUUGUGGUUGAAGAGUUUCACACAGCAGCUCUCAGAUCAGCUGAUCUUCUCUGAAAAAGACCUCAGUGAAGUCAAACAUGAUGAUGUUGAUGAUUUCAGACUCCUAGAAGAUGUGAUCAGACAAGAGCUUCCUGCUGUAAUGUCAGACAUCAAAGGGAGAUUCAACAAAGACACAUUUCCAGUAAAGCUGGACUAUAAGUUCAGGCCAGAUGAGCUUCUGAUUGAUCGUCUCUGUCAGUGCUGUUGGGUUCAGUGUCCAUUCUGUGGAGCCACCUGCACAAACACCACAGAGGGCCAUCAUGGAGAUCACAGUGUUCCUUUCCACCGUGUAAUUGGACUAAAUAGACAGUUUUGUGCAGGAACAAGAAACUUGUCUAUUACCAUCUGCACAUCAGCAGUGGCCAGUGAUCAAUCUUUUAAUCUCACUGCCUCACCUAAAUCAGUCCCCUGGAGAGAUUACAGAACAGCAGGAGGAGUUUAUGCAGACUGGAGCAUCACUCCUGAUCUCUCUGAACUGCCCUACUGGAAGUGGUUUGUCUGUAGAUUCCAGAAAGAUCUGGAAAAAUACUACAGUAAAACAUUUGAGAAGAAAGGUAAUAUACCAGUCGAAUGGAAAAAAUACACAAAACGAGAUGCUGCUAAGAGUUUGGAUUAA